AAUAUUAUUCUAAAUCAGGUACUAUCGCCGAAGAAGCCAUAUCAACAAUUCGCACGGCCGUUGCCUUUGGUAUUCAGUCACAACUUUCGAAAUUAUAUGAUUCAAAUUUGAUUUUUGCGAAAAAAGAGAGUAUCAAGAGGAGCAUUUUGAACGGAGCGGGUCUUGGGAUCAUAUUUUUCUACGUAUAUGCAACUUAUGCUCUAGCAUUUUGGUACGGAAGUACACUUAUCUUAAGUGGAGUGUUAAGUGCUGGUGAUGUCGUUAACGUAUUCUUUGCGGUACUUAUAGGGUCUUUCGCACUAGCGAACAUUGCACCAGACUUACAAGCGUUCAGCUUCGCUACCGGAGCAGGUAGCAAAAUAUUCGAAACUAUAAACCGAAUUCCAUCAAUAGAUAUCGCAUCUGAAUCCGGUGAGAAAUUAGAAAACAUUAAAGGCCGAAUCCAAAUAAAGAACAUCUCUUUUAUUUAUCCCGCCCGCCCUGAAAUGGUGACAUUGAAAAAAGUAACUUUAGAUAUUGAAUCUGGUACCACCGUUGCUCUUGUUGGUUCUUCCGGUUCCGGCAAAAGUACGAUCGUAUCUCUUGUUCUUCGUUUCUAUGAUCCCGUAGAAGGAGAAGUACAACUGGAUGGACAUAAUAUCAAAGACCUAAAUCUAAUAUGGUUGAGAAGACAAAUGAGUUUAGUAGGGCAAGAACCUGUGUUAUUUAAUAACACGAUUGCUGAAAAUGUGGCUCACGGAUUAAUUGGCUCAAUUUACGAAAACAUUGACGAAAAUAAGAAACAAAUUAUGAUAGAACAAGCAUGUAAAAUGGCAAAUGCACAUGACUUCAUUAUGAACUUACCAAAUAAAUAUGAAACGAAUGUAGGUGAACGAGGAUUUUUAUUAUCUGGAGGUCAGAAACAACGUAUUGCGAUUGCUAGGGCUAUUAUAAAAGAUCCGAAAAUUUUACUAUUGGAUGAAGCUACAAGUGCAUUGGAUACUCAAAGUGAGGGAAUUGUACAAGAUGCUUUGGAUAAAGCUUCAGAAAAUAGAACUACAAUUGUUAUAGCUCAUCGACUUUCCACUGUUAAAAAUGCUACAAAGAUUGUUGUGAUGAAUCAAGGCGUCAUAGUAGAAACCGGAACGCAUGACGAAUUGAUGUCUAAAAAAGGAAGUUAUUAUAAACUAGUUGAGGCUCAGCAAAUUCAACAAGCAAAAAGAGUUGAAACAGAAAUCGAUGCGAAGGGUUCUGAAGUAUUACUAACGGCAAACAAAGAUGACAUCAUCCCAGCAGAAGAUUACACAGUUGGGCGCGUCAUAACAAAUAAGAGUUCAUCUUCUGCAAUAUUGGCCAAGCGAAAAAAUGAUUUAGAGGCUGCAACGAAAUUUGAUUAUGAAUUUACUACGAGAGAAUUAAUACAAAAAAUAGCAAAGAUCAAUUGGCCAGAAAUCCCAUGGAUAACUCUUGGAAUAUUUGCUUCCAUUGUUAUGGGAAUGUUAUAUCCAAUAUUUGCUAUUAUUUUUUCUAAAAUCAUACAAAGCUUCUCAAAACCUCCUGAUGAAUUAAAACACGAUGCAAGAUUUUGGUCCUUGAUGUUUUUGGUUAUUGCGGUUACGAUCUUGACCGCACACCUUGUACAAGGGAGUUCUUUUGGAUUCUCCGGUGAAAAUCUUACUUUACGAAUUCGUUCAAUGUCAUUUGCAGCGAUUCUUCGACAAGAUAUUAGUUUCUUCGAUGAUCAUCAUCAUAGUGUAGGAGCUUUAACAAGUUCUUUGUCAUUGGAUGCAACACAUGUAAAUGGUCUUGCUGGGGUAACUUUGGGCUCCAUUUUACAAGUGUGCGUUACCCUCAUAUCUGUGAUUAUCGUAGCUUUGAUUUAUGGUUGGAAACUGACCCUCGUUUGCUUGGUUUGCAUUCCUUUAUUAGUUGGUUCAUCAUUGUUACGAACAAAAAUGUUAAACGGCUUCCAACAGAAAACCAAAAAAUCUUACGAACAUUCAAGUCAAAUAGCUUGUGAAGGAGCUGGAAAUAUCAGAACUGUUGCUGCCUUGACACGUGAAGAAAAUUUAUGGAAUUUAUAUCAUGAAUUACUAGAAGAACCAAUGAGAGAAGGAUUUAAAAACGCUUUCUUUGCUAGCAUAACAUAUGCGUUUGCACAGUGCGUUAAUUUCUUAACUAAUGCUUUGGCCUUUUGGUAUGGCAGUAGUUUGUUCGCAAAUGGGGAAUACAAUUUGGAAAAAUUUUUUGUUGUAUUUAUGGCAAUCAUUUUCGGAUCCAUGUCUGCGGGGCGCGUUUUCGCUUUCGCUCCAGACAUAAUAAGGGGGAAAUCUGCGGCCGCAACAAUUAUUUCUCUGUUAGAAAGAACCCCAUCUAUUGACAUAUGGUCUCGUACCGGGCGAAAAUUAGAAAAAGUUGAGGGAUAUGUUAAAUUUACAGAUGUACACUUUCGAUAUCCGACAAGACCGCAUGUAAGAGUAUUAAGAGGGUUAAACAUCGAAGUAAAACCGGGUCAAUACGCGGCAUUGGUUGGACCUUCAGGAUGUGGUAAAAGCACAACGAUUGGAUUAACAGAGAGAUUCUAUGAAACUACAGGAGGAAAAAUUGAAAUUGAUGGAGUCGAUAUAACAACAAUGAAUGUUAAUAAUUUAAGAGAGCAUAUUGCGUUAGUAAGUCAAGAACCCUCUUUAUAUAAUAUGUCUAUUAAGGAUAAUAUAUUACUUGGUUGUAAACCAAAUCAAAAUGCAACACAAGAAGAUAUUGAACGAAUAUGUAAAGAAUCCAAUAUUCAUGAUUUUAUUGUUUCAUUACCUGAAGGAUAUAAUACAUACGUUGGUGGUAAAGGAUCGCAAUUAUCUGGAGGUCAAAAGCAAAGGAUUGCGAUUGCAAGAGCUUUAAUACGUAAUCCAAAGAUUUUACUAUUGGAUGAAGCUACUUCAGCAUUGGAUUCCGAAUCCGAAAAAGUAGUACAAAAGGCAUUAGAUGUUGCGGCCAAGGGGAGAACCACUUUGGCUAUUGCACAUCGAUUGUCUACGAUACAACACGCUGACGUUAUCUUUGUGAUUAAGGAUGGUAAAGUUGCGGAACAAGGAACUCAUCAAGAGCUUUUAGCCAAAAAUGAAAUUUAUUUCUCCAUGGUUCAAGAUCAACAUUUAGGGGCUAAUGAAGAAUAA